AACUGGGGAUAAAGGAUUUGCAGUCCCCCGCCUUACCACUUGGCCAUGUCGCCAAACCAAAUUCGAUCCAAAUAAGAUAAAAAAUAGAUUUCUGGUCAAAGACUGAAAAAUUCAGGGCAAAUUGGAACCAUUAACUAUUUGUUUUGUUGUUUUGAAUUAGCGAAAGGUUCUUCAAUUUGUAUCUCAAAUUGUUGCGUUUCCUUAAUGGCAUAACAAAAUCAAAUUGAUUUAUGACUAAUUCAGUAUCAAUUAUUUUCAAUAAUCAAUCUUUUUCAAUUUCAAUUAUAACAAUAUAAAUUAUAACAAUAUAUAUGUGUAUAUGUAAACCUCAAAACAGAAAUUGUUACACAGAUACCGCUCUUAUGUACAUAUCCCAUAUCCCUAUAGAGAAUCGUCGUGCCUUCUUUUUUCAUUUUCUAUAUGCAAUAGAAAAAAUAGGAAUUAUGAUAUAGUGCGACCUGACUUCUGUUGCCACAAGUGAAAUUACGAUAAAAGAUGUGAUAUGCGGACAGGUAGAUAGCUAUAUUGGCAUGCACUUAAUAAAUAUUACUCCUAUUACGCAAUUCAAUCAUAUUCUAUAUAUUCUACUAGCAAAAAAAUAAUUCGAAAUUUUUUUUGAACAUGAAAUGAAACUCAAAUAAAAUUAAGUAUGCUAAAAAGGGAAACUCUAUAUUGUUCCUGUUGUACCUGUCGCAAAUUCGAACUUGCGUCGAAAAUGCUCUUCAUUCCUCUGUCUCAUUUCCGUUCAUACGUAUGAAAUACAUAUAUGGUAUAUGGAGUUGGCUAAAAUUUCAUGUGAUUCAGUAAACAGAAUAUACAUUCCAUCAUUGCUAGAUCGAUCCGUAUGGUUCGAUAAAUAGUGAGCUAAUAAUGGGAUUUUUCAAUAAACAGGAAACUUAAGAUUAAGAUGCUCCGGAAUGAUGGAAAUGAGGGAAUGUCCACAAUACCUGGAUUUAGUCAGAUCCAAUUUGAGGGAUUUUGUAGGUUCAUUAAUGAGGGCUUGACGGAAGAAUUUCAUAAGUUUCCAAAAAUUGAAGAUACAGAUCAAGAAAUUGAAUUUAAAUUAUUUGUGGAAAGAUAUCAAUUGGUAGAACCCUUGAUAAACGAAAGAGAUGCUGUGUAUGAAUCACUCACAUAUUCUUCUGAAUUAUAUGUACCCGCGGGAUUAAUUUGGAAAACCGGUAGAGAUAUGCAAGAACAAACCGUUUUUAUUGGAAACAUUCCCCUAAUGAAUUCCCUGGGAACCUUUAUAGUAAAUGGAAUAUACAGAAUUGUGAUCAAUCAAAUAUUGCAAAGUCCUGGUAUUUACUACCGUUCAGAAUUGGACCAUAACGGAAUUUCUGUCUAUACCAGCACAAUAAUAUCAGAUUGGGGAGGAAGAUCGGAAUUAGAAAUUGAUAGAAAAGCAAGGAUAUGGGCCCGUGUAAGUAGGAAACAAAAAAUAUCUAUUCUAAUUCUAUCAUCAGCUAUGGGUUCGAAUCUAAGAGAAAUUCUAGAUAAUGUUUGUUACCCUGAAAUUUUCUUGUCUUUCCCGAAUGAUAAGGAGAAAAAAAAGAUUGGGUCAAAAGAAAAUGCUAUUUUGGAAUUUUAUCAACAAUUUGCUUGUGUAGGCGGGGAUCCGGUAUUUUCUGAGUCUUUAUGUAAAGAAUUACAAAAGAAAUUUUUUCAACAAAGAUGUGAAUUAGGAAGGAUUGGUCGACGAAAUAUGAACCGGAGACUGAAUCUUGAUAUACCUCAGAACAAUACAUUUUUAUUACCACGAGAUGUAUUGGCUGCUGCGGAUCAUUUGAUCGGAAUUAAAUUUGGAAUGGGUACACUUGACGAUAUGAAUCACUUGAAAAAUAAACGGAUUCGUUCUAUAGCGGAUCUGUUACAGGAUCAAUUCGGACUGGCUCUUGUUCGUUUAGAAAAUGCGGUUCGAGGAACUAUAUGUGGAGCAAUUCGGCAUAAAUUGAUACCGACUCCUCAAAAUUUGGUAACUUCAACUUCAUUAACAACCACUUAUGAAUCGUUUUUUGGCCUACAUCCUUUAUCUCAAGUUUUGGAUCGAACUAAUCCAUUGACACAAAUCGUUCAUGGGCGAAAAUUGAGUUAUUUGGGUCCUGGAGGAUUGACGGGGCGAACUGCUAGUUUUCGGAUACGAGAUAUUCAUCCUAGCCACUAUGGACGUAUUUGUCCAAUUGACACGUCCGAAGGAAUCAAUGUUGGACUUAUUGGAUCCUUAGCCAUUCAUGUGAGGAUUGGCCAUUGGGGAUCUAUAGAGAGUCCAUUUUAUGAAAUAUCUGAAAGAUCAAAAGAGGCACAGAUAGUUUAUUUAUCACCAAAUAGAGAUGAAUAUUAUAUGGUAGCAGCGGGAAAUUCUUUGGCCUUGAAUCGGGGUAUUCAGGAAGAACAGGUUGUUCCAGCCCGAUACCGUCAAGAGUUCCUGACUAUUGCAUGGGAACAGAUUCAUCUUAGAAGUAUUUUUCCCUUCCAAUAUUUUUCUAUUGGAGCUUCCCUC